AUGAAACAACAAACUUUGGUUAGAAGAAAUGUUGAGAGAAAUUCUACUAAUAAAUGUCAUUGCAAAAAUAAAUUAGAUUUGAAUGUAGAAACAAAUGUCAUAACAGAAGAAUAUAAAUAA